AUGGGUCGUGACGAUACACGCAUCUACGUCGGGAAUCUGCCGUCUGAUGUCCGCGAGAAGGACAUAGAAGAUAUUUUUGCGAAAUAUGGAAAAAUUCGAUUUGUGGACAUCAAGGGAGGCCGUGGCCCGCUUUAUGCUUUUGUUGAGUUUGAAGAUUAUCGUGAUGCUGAAGACGCUGUUCGUGGAAGAGAUGGCUAUGAUUUUGAUGGAUGCCGCAUUCGGGUGGAAUUUACUCGCGGAGUUGGUCCACGCGGACCGGGUGGACGUCCAAUGAAUCCUCUUUACGCGAGAGAAUGGCCAACUCCACGACGCGGUGGACCACCAUCGCGGCGCUCAAAUUUCCGUGUCAUUGUUGAGGGCCUUCCACCGACCGGAUCAUGGCAGGAUUUGAAGGAUCAUUUACGAGAAGCAGGAGACGUUUGUUAUGCCGAUGUUGCUCGUGAUGGAACAGGUGUGGCUGAGUUCACACGAUAUGAUGAUAUGAAGUACGCAGUGCGCAAACUUGACGAUACAAAGUUCCGUUCUCAUGAGGGUGAGACCGCGUACAUCCGCGUCCGUGAGGACAUAAGCGGUGUCGGUCGUAGCCGCUCGAGAAGUCGUUCUCGCAGUCCUCGUCGCUCAUCACCGAGGUACAGUCCUCGUCGCUCGCGCUCGCGCAGCCGCUCACCGUCGCACUCUCCAUCACGCUCUCGCAGCCGCUCACCGCACGAAUAG